AUGACUCAAGAGGUCGAGCUUGGAUUGAGCAUUGGGAAUCGUUCUGAUUUAGGAAAUGGUGCAGGCAAGAUGGAUCCUCGACCAGCUUCAGCAGCUGGCCAUAACCGUACGUCUUCGGUCACGUCGUCUGAAGCUGCGUCACAGCAGGCGCAAUCAGCACCAUCUUCCACCACAUUUUACCAGUCCUUAGCGGUCCACCUCGCCCCACCAGUCACCUCGUUGAGCAUUUCACCUAAUGGAAGAGAUGUAGUGCUCGCAGCCAAGCGAGGUCUAUAUAUCGUAGAUCUUGAUAAUCCCUAUGAUCCCCCUCGUGUUAUUCACCACAUGACCAAUUGGGAAGUUAGCGAUGUACAGUGGAAUCCACACAAGUCUAGAGAGCAUUGGAUUGCGACCACGUCAAACCAGAAAGCACUGGUGUGGAACUUGACCCCGUCAGGCUCGGAUUCGUCAUCAAAGCAUAUUCAAUAUAUUCUGGGUACACAUCAACGAGCGGUGUCUGAUUUGAACUGGAGUCCGUUCCAUCCAGAGUUACUGGCAACUUGUUCGUAUGAUACCUACGUCCAUUUAUGGGAUCUUCGCAAAAAUCCGGACAAACCGGCAAAUUCGUUUUGUGCAUGGACCGCGGGUGCGACACAAGUCAAGUUCAAUCGUCUGAAUGAUUCUCUGCUUGCCUCAUCUCAUGAUACCGACGUGAAGAUCUGGGAUGUUCGGAAAGGGUCGACACCCGUGACACUCAUUACAGCGCACAUGACAAAGAUCUACGGUAUCGACUGGAGUAGGAAUAAUGAGGACGAAAUCAUUACUUGCAGUCAGGAUAGGCUAGUGAAGUUCUGGGACAUUACGCAACCAAGAACCUGCCAGGCGACCAUAGUCACCGGAUCACCUGUAUGGCGUGCGCGAUUCACGCCCUUUGGAAAUGGGAUCGUCACAAUGCCUCAAAGAAAGGAUACCAAUCUUCUUCUAUGGAGUUGCGAUAAUCUGGUGGCGCCUGUAUACUCAUUUGAAGGACAUACAGACGUUCCUCGCGAGUUUGUUUGGCGUGUACGAGGGGGUGAGAAUUCUGGGAUCGAUGACAGAGCAUUUCAGCUAGUCACUUGGUCAAAAGAUCAACACUUGCGACUAUGGCCGAUAGACGCGGAGCUUACCAAGGCUGUUGGUCAUAAUCCAGGUCCUCUGUUGUCACCGAACAUGGAACGGGAAGAUUCAACGGAUUCAGCCGUUGAAACGACUCCAUUACCUCGCAGCAUGUCAGCAUUAGAUUUGCCUUCAGCUCGAUAUGCACCACUACGAAAGAAAUUUUCUGAGGCUGAGAAUGACGUUGUGUCGGAAGGUCAUACACAUAGUCAUCGACGGCAAAGUCGAAGCUUGACCAUCCGAAGUUCAUCCAGUGCAGAUCGAUCUGAGGAUCCAACUGAAGAUUGGCUUGAGUCUCGAGGAUUUGACCAUAACAUACAGUCGCCAUUGGAAGAAACGGAGGCUGUUCCCAGGACCUUGGAAGAAGAAAUCACUUUGGUUACUAAAAAGUAUUCCAUGGUGCACUUUGAAAAGGUCAACCUCUCAAAUCGAACUUGCACAAUUACCCUUCAACGUGCCAAUGAUAAUUUCGCUUCCUAUCAACCUCCGCUUGCCGCCAUCCCAUCCGCAUUUCUCCGCAUCGAUAUGAGUUUCCCACCCCAAUAUCCAAAUCACGUCGCACCUAUCAUGGAAAUUCAAAAAACUGGCAUGGUCAGCAUGGCAAAUAGAACUUACCUAGCCAAGAAAUUGGCGCAGAUUGCCAAUGUCUAUGUUCAAAACUCGACUCCGUGUCUAGAACCAUGCGUACGCUAUCUCCUACUUGGUACUGCGGGUGACACUGCACCUAUGCCUCCUUCCCUCCCUAACUCAGAGGACGGAAAAGGAGUUAACUUAAGUAGAGCUUCAAGUGAAUUGCUUACCACCUCGGCGCUUGGCGAUGAGAAGGAUAUAGGUUUAUUGAGCGAAACGGUCGCUUCGACGGGUCUCCUCCAUGACAAUGAUGACAUCGAUUCGGAUACUACCAGCUCGAGUGACGCCGGGGGAGUAUCGCUUGUUCCGGGGCGACUGAAGAAUACGAUGAGAGAGAAACGCUUGCUAAAGGAAGUCAUUGUGGGAAAGGACAAUAACAAUGUCCCCUUCCCUCGACUCUGCGGCGCGUCCUUCUCGCCAAAUGGCAAGCUCGUCUACUUUUUCUCCCCUCUUCCGCAUCCAUCUGCGACAAAAUUCACUGCUUACACGCUCGUUACGCGAAAUCAACAGCCUGUACUUCAGUCCCAGCACUUUACAACUCAACCAAAGACAUACCCUCUGUACGAGAAUUAUCGCGCAUUUGUCCUGGCAAGGUUUCCAAAGAUGUUCAUCGCUGGCGGGAACAUCUACGAACCAGGUGCGCUCGAUGGGCUAGAGACCGGAAAGAUGGGAACAAGCGGAAAGGGAGUAAGCCCGGGAAAGCUGAACUACUGGUUGGAUUCUGAUGAAAGUGGGGAAGAGUCGCCGGCACCAAGUUUGUUUUGGAGGCCAAAGCCUGGAGCUUCACUCCAACCAGCAUUGUUUUCUUCCGCAGACUUCCUUGCAAGACUCCAUCAGCAUCCACCUUCUUCCAUAUCCUCCAACACUGCCUCCCCACUGCUUCCCGCGUCCGUUACACCCAAUCCUUCUGCAGCUGUACUGACUCGCCUGUCUCAAACCCCAUUUGACCCGCAGCGGGCCGAGGUAGGGGCGAAAGAGCAAUCAGCCUUGUCCGCCACAUAUGCAGGGAGAACUACACCCAUCAAUUCCCCAAAGGGACAUCGCAGUCUACCAACAGUCUCACACCGCACUGAGUCUUUUAGCCUUCCGUCCAAUAAAAAUGAAGUACACCCAGGUCGACCCGCAUCGAUAUCUAUUGUUCCAACAGUCGGCGAGAAUGGCGUGGCAUCGGCGCCUAUCCCUAGUGACGUGCUCAAACACCCAAUUUCAAGCCAACCCAUGACUGCCUCCGCGGGUUCGCGUCCACAGAGCUUGCUGUUUGAAUCCCCGCCAGGGUCACCACCGCAUAGUCCUCGGCAUUCGUUUUCAGGCAGUUUGCGACACUCACCGUCGCCCCUCCGUGCCAUAAAGCAUCGCCGAGCAAAUUCGGCUGAAGUGAGCGGAAGCGGGAGUGAAUAUGGAAGCGUGGCUUCCAGUCUAGAUGAGCGUGGCGCUCAAAUAUUUAGCGGACAAGCGAUAGGCGACUCACCUAUGACAGGAUCAACCAUUGAUGCUAGCGUUUUUCGGCGGCCGGAUUUGGUUGAUCGGACAAAUGACACUCCGAUACCCGCAAGCUCUCCGUUACUGUUACAAGAACCCUUACCGGAACCCUCGAGCUAUGGAACAAUCGUCCAUAUUAAGGAUGUGAGCGACUUGUUACCUACCAGCGAAACGCUGGCCAAAGCUUAUACGCUCCACGGCGAUGACCCAGUGGCCAUUUGUGCCGCAAACUGUUCCGCUGCCCAGCAUGCUAAUCGACCUGACCUCAUGCGUAUCUGGAGCUUAGCAGGGUUGUUACUAGCUGAAUGUGCAUCUGUUAAGCCAGAUGCCCUGCUACCCGAAGAGCACCCUAGGAGAAGCCGCAGACGACGGUUGCGCGACCUUGGAAAGCGGAAAGAUCAAACACACAUUGCUCGGGACGGGCAUAUCGUCGUCCGUAGUUCGAUGUACAGCUCUGGCGAUAAGAGAAGACGAGCUGGAGCAGGGCUGGAGCAACGGGAUGAUCGAGAACAGUGGGCUCAGGUGGAAUGGCAAUGGCAUCCGUUUGGAAGAAGAAUGGUGCAUGAUUUGUGAGAUCCAAUCGCUAUUGUCAACGUGCAUAUGAUGUUUGUGGUACUAAAAUGGUUGCACGCAGGUUCAAAUAUCUGGAAAAAAUUGGCGAUAUACAGACUCUGGCUUUGUUGACAUGUGUCUUUGCCGAUCCAUUUUCGCGAGAGAAGGCGGAAGCAUCACGGGCAACAGGGGUUACGUCUGUGGGUGUAAGUGCUGAUCGGAUUAACCAAAUGCUGCAUCCUAGUCCCGCUGGAUCAGACGUUUCUUACUUUCAUUACCGCCCUGGGUCCAACUCUUACUUUACGCCACAGCCUUCCAGUGGUCCCCCUAUUACAUCCGUCCUUGCUGGAAUGGUAACACCAACUGUCGCGUCUGCGUUUUCAAGAGUGGGCAUAGCAGUCAGCAACCUGGCAGCCGACCCACAGACGGGCACAAUUGCAAUGCAAUUAACAAGCUAUGCUAGUGAUGUCCAUUCAGGCACAUCGCGAAUAAACCCCAGCGUCGAGACGACAGCUGGCCCUACAGUCAGCCGAUCCCAUGAGCAUCCUUAUUACCACCACAGCCACGCACACUCUCUGGCCCAGCAGGUCACCGCUCCGUCAGCCCCGACUCCCUGCUCAGGAUCUACGGCAACUUCCGGUCCAUUCCCCCAGGCGGGAUCGUCGUAUGCAAGUGAUAGCGUAUUGGGCACUUAUAUGGAUAGUGCUCGGUUUGAAGCUCCUUUGUCGUCAGCGUCUCCAGUCCCAGGGAACAGAGAAAUGAACGCGCGAAAUCCAACCUAUGCGCAAGCUGUCAGAAGCGGAACGACAAGUCCUCCCCCGCGUAUUCCCUCAAGGGGAGGCACCUUCUCAGGCAACGGCCACGUCUCGGGUAGUAUUGCAUCUCAUCUGCGCGCUUCGUCGGUGACGCCACCCAGCAUCACCCGUCAAAGAACAACUGAGGCGUGGGGUGCCCCGUGGCCGUCGCGUGAGAGCAAGCCGGGAUCACCAAUACCAUCUGGAGGUGUCGGCUGGACGUUGACUGCACCCUUGGCGAGCGUGGCAGUAUCUGGAACUACUGGACAGUUUGGCGUCGCUCCGACUGCGGACUCAAUAGCUCCUGGCUCACAUUUUAGCUCAAGCGUACAGUUGGCUGGCGCGAAUGGUCAUCAUCAAAGCUCGCCUAUCUUAAUGCUCAAACUUACUGAGAACGAGGAUAUAGAUCAGCCACGUUCUUAUGCAAAGAAUCCUGCUCUAUUACCCGCACCGCAAAGAUUGGGUUUGCUAGAUCCAAAACAGCGAGCAAUAUAUGAUCGUUACAGAUUGUGUUAUGCGGAAAUGCUGUAUCAAUGGGGGCUUUUGGAACAAAGAGCCGAGGUUCUAAAGUUUGUUGCGCAUGCUGGCGCUCCUGGUGGGACGCAGCAGCAGCACACCGGUAUCGACUUUGGCAUAGUUUGUCCGACAUGCUCUAGCAGCUUAAUCCCAUCAUCUCGACAACCCCGCCUUCAACAUGCCUACUCCUAUUGCUGGCGAUGCGAUCGCAAAAGAUACGGAAUUAGGUGCGCGAUCUGUCGCUUACCUUGCAAAGGCUUGGCAAACUUUUGUCUGGUAUGCCGACACGGCGGACAUGCGACACACAUGCAGGAGUGGUUUGAUGAAAGCUCAGAGUGUCCUGCAGGUUGUGGAUGUCGUUGCGUGCUGGAGAAUGGCGGGUUUGGGACCUCCUGAGGUAAUCCCGACUGUAAUUUUAUAUGUAGGAUUGUAGAUAUCUGCCAUGCCCAAAAAUAAAUAAAACCCAGCUGGCCUUGUGUAUCUAUGCUUGUCAUGAGGCUGUGGGCUGCGGAAAUAUCACAUAGCUCACAUGUCAAUUGAG